UGCCAUUUAAAUGGAGAGCCUGCCCAGCACUGACAAAUAGUAGCGAGGGAAGUAAGUGGGCAGUCCAGCUACGUCAGCCACCUUCUUACACUCGACGCAGUCCAAAAGAAAAGGAAAAUUACCCCCCACAGCCUGAUCGGUAUUUCCUCACUCCCAGCCACUCUCCCAACACUCACAGUCGCUGAACCAUCACAGCCGCCGUGGAGGCGGGCAGCUCGUCAUAGCCCCGGCUUCGAUCCCGGGAUCCUGAUCGCAUGCUGAAGACGCCCACUUACCUACAAAAUGCUGGGUUCGGUCAAGAUGGAAGGACACGACCCCGUUGAGUGGGGUAAUUUCUAUAGCGAGGCUCAAGAGGGAUAUUCCAUUCCAGCAAGCAGCAUGAAUUCAGGAUUAGGAUCCAUGACCCCAAUGAACACCUAUAUGUCCAUGAACAGUAUGAACACCAGCUGCAAUAUGACGUCAGGUUCGUUUAAUAUGUCUUAUGCCAACCCUGGACUAGGAGCUGGACUGAACCCCGGCACCAUGGCAGGGAUGUCUACCGGUGCCUCCAGUGCUAUGAAUGGUAUGACCACGGGAGUGGCAGCCAUGGGGACAACACUAAGCCCAAGUAUGAACCCGAUGACCGCUCAGCAAGGCUCAAUGAAUGCUCUGACGCCCUAUUCCAGUAUGAGCCCCGCUAUCAGUCCAAUGGCUUAUGCUCAGUCCAACCUGAAUAGGACAAGAGACACUAAAACUUUCAGAAGAAGUUAUCCGCAUGCUAAACCACCUUACUCAUAUAUAUCCCUUAUUACCAUGGCUAUUCAGCAGUCGCCAAGUAAAAUGCUAACACUUAGUGAAAUCUAUCAGUGGAUCAUGGAUCUUUUUCCUUACUAUAGGCAAAAUCAGCAGCGAUGGCAAAACUCCAUUAGACAUUCACUUUCCUUCAAUGAUUGUUUUGUCAAAGUGGCUCGCUCACCAGAUAAGCCAGGGAAAGGAUCCUACUGGACUCUACAUCCAGAUUCGGGGAAUAUGUUUGAAAAUGGCUGCUAUCUUCGCAGACAAAAGAGAUUUAAAUGUGAACGGACAGCUGCAGCCAAAGCAAUUCAAGAAGCCAGAAAAGAUCAAUCUGCUGGGCUUGGUUCUGUCCCAGGAUCACCCUUACAUCGAAGCAACAGUAAACCUGUCCAGAUGGAAUCGUCCACCCCUCUUCCUACUUCGAACACCUCUUCUAGCCCAUUAACUACAGAUGCUAGCAGACCAAAUGGAGAGCUCAAGGUCUCUGCUUCUUCAGUACCCACAGUAGUGAGUUCGGUCACUUCCCUCGCAUCCCUCACCAUCCCUCCUCAUGCCCUGUCUCAUCAUGACGCCCAAAUCCAUUUGAAGGGAGAUCCCCAUUAUUCUUUCAAUCACCCCUUUUCCAUAAACAACCUGAUGUCCUCUUCUGAGCAACAACAUAAACUAGACUUCAAGGCCUACGAACAGGCAUUACAGUAUUCUUCCUAUGGCCCAGGGAUCUCUGCCACUCUACCUUUGAGUAGCACCAUGACUGGUAGAAGUAGCAUUGAAGCGUCUGCCCUAGAGCCCUCUUACUACCAAGGUGUGUAUUCCAGACCGGUCCUUAAUACCUCCUAGUCUCGUUCUCUGAAACUUGCAAUGACUCUUCAUUUCAUAGUUUGCGCCUUGUGUGCAAAGGACUGUUACUGUAUUAAUGUAUUAAAAUGGUAUGUAUAAAGAGUGUUUUUUCUCAGUAGAUGAUUGUACAAAACAUUAUUAUGGAACUUAUUUGGUAGUGUAUUUAAAUGUUUUGACACUGUAAAAUAUUAGCUGGUAUUCUAUCGCACUAUCAUUUCUUUCUCAAAAUCGGUUUACAGGUGCUGUCAGUGCUUUAUUUAACAGCCCACAGGUUUAAAAAGUAAAACAUAUUUAUAGUAAUUCACAAUACCUGAAAUCGUUAUAUGUACAGGUCAGCAGAGUAACAAAACGUUGUACAGUCGUUACAAAAUCACAUUUUUGUUUGCUUUUCUUUCAUGCGUCACCCUUCUUUUCUUUAUAUAUUAAACCAAAAUGUUACCCUUGUAUGGAAGUGUAAAGAAAAAAGUUACAGAGCCACAAACGAUUUGCUAUUUUUUUCUGAAGUAAAUUUAGUAUCGCUUCUGUUCCACUGGGUUGUUUAAGUGUUAGGUCACAUAGUUACAAGGCUUUUGUGGUGUGUGUGUGUGUGUGUGUGUGUGUGUGUGUGUGUGUGUGUGUGUGUGUGUGUGUGCCUGUGAAAUUUAGGAAAUUAUUUUCUUCUUUUAAAUACAUGUCUGGAUACUCCGUAUUCCAUGUUUGCCUUUUUGUAUAUCACAUACUUCAGAACUAGACAAUCCAUGCAAUGCAUUUGGAAGUAAUUUGGUGAACAACCAGUUUGGGACAUUUCAGCACAACUAAAAGCCAGAAAUAUUUUCUAGUCCGUGCCUAGUUAUUCUGAGUUAUACUGGCAUUACAAGUAUGUUGUGGCCAUAUUUUACAAGUGUUUUGUUUUGUAUGCAGUGUUAAUGCACUUUCACAGUUUUAGCAAGUAGAAAAACUGUUUGAGCUAGCAUAGCCACAUCAGUUUAUAUGUAUUAUUUUCUGUUGGCUUUUUUUUUUCAACGUGCCUAAUUUAUUGCAUGUUUAUUGUUCUUUUCUAUGUGGGAUUGCUUCGAAUGAUGCAGAUUAUGUAUGAAUUUAAAGGACUUUUAAUUUUUUAAUUCUAUUAAAAUGAUUGAAAUUAUUUUGAUUUAAACUGAACAAUAAAAGUAAUUAAAAUUAUCGUUCAUUUAUUGACCAUUUUAAUUUCUCGUCCUCCGUGUAUGUUGUGCACACGUGUUCUAAUGUCCCACGAAAACAUUCAAAUGUAAUUUAAUUUUAAUUCAGUUGCACAUUUUAGCUAACAUCAAAUUAGCAGAGAAACGUAAUAGUCUAAUAGCCGCAGCCGAACUGUUGGAAGUAAAUUAAAUAAAACACAACAUAUGUUUCUCCUUUUGUAGCUGGUGCUUGUAACGCAUGUCAUCUUUGGAAUUGUGUUUUUAAUCAACUUAGGAGAAGCACAUUGUUAUGUAUACAGUAAAACUCAUUUAGAGCA